GCGCUGUGCUGCGCCAUGGGCUGCGGGCCGUGGGCGCUGCUGGCGCUGCUGUGCGGGGCGGCCGCGGCGGUGGCCCCGCUGCGCUGCAACGUGAGCCUGGACAGCCCGGCCGAGCAGCGCUGGCUGCCCGUGCUGAGACACUUCGAUCCCGCCUUCCUGCGCGCCGCCGUGGCCCGGGUCAUCGACGAGAGCGUCCCGAAAUGGGUGCACCAGGUCAUCCGGCCCAUAGCAGCGGAGCUGGAGCAAUUCAUGCCGCAGCCCUUCGCGGGGGAGAUUGUGGGGCUGUGCCAAGCACUGGGAAUCAGUCUGGGAGAUGGAAUCCUGCUCAACUUCGCCUACGAGUCCACUGCGUUCUGUACAAGCAUUGUUGCUCAGGAUGACAAAGGGAACAUUUACCACGGUCGGAACCUGGAUUAUGAGUUUGUUGAUAUAUUGAGCAAGAUCACAGUUGAUGUGCAGUUUAUAAAGAGCGGGCAGGUAGCGUACCAAGGCACCACAUUUCUUGGCUACGUAGGCUUAUGGACUGGACAACGUCCACACAAGUUCACAAUCUCUGGGGAUGAACGAGAUGGUGGUAGAUGGUGGGAAAAUGCCAUAGCUGCUUUCCUCAAUCGGAAUUACCCUGUCAGCUGGCUGGUCCGGGAUACCCUGAGCAGAGCAGAGGACUUCCAGUCAGCUGUUCUCAGACUGGCUGACAUUCCCAUCAUUGCUGAAGUUUACUAUAUUGUAGGAGGUGUGUCACCCAAAGAAGGCAUGGUCAUAACAAGGAACAGAAAAGGGCCAGCAGAUCUCUGGCCUCUGGAUCCUUUAGGUGGAGCGUGGUUUCGUGUGGAGACAAACUAUGACCAUUGGACCACCCCUCCUCCUUUUGAUGAUCGCAGAACUGCAGCCAUCAAAGCUCUCAAUGCUACUGGACAGCAGAACAUCAGUUUUGAUACACUCUUUAAGGUGUUGUCAGUGAAGCCAGUCUUAAACAUUAACACAGUGUACACCACAGUGAUGAGUGCUGCAUUUCCAGACAAGUACCAGACAUGGAUCCGAACUGAGCAGUGAAGAGCUAUAAGGAGCAGAGGUACUGAGUGAAAAGCUGAAGCUUUGCAAGAUCAGCAUAUGCUUCUAAAAUAACUCUUGGGAGCAGUACAGUCAUUUUGGCUCAUUAAUUAUGUGAACCAUUUGGGAAAUAGUGACUUGUUAACUCUUUAAAGUGUUGCAGGUGAUCCUCUUAAUGAACUGUAAUGGGUGUUUGAAUUUUAUUUUAAUUGAUGUUAUAGCAGAUGUGACUGGUUAAAAAUGGCUUUUACUGGUUUUGGUAAGAGUUGUGUAACUGCAAUGUAGUUCUGUGCUAAUGAAUAAGUUUUUGUACUUUACAUGGCCAGUAGGUCUGAACAUGAUGAAAUAAAAAGAUGCAGCUGAUAGACUGAUUUCUGGAGGUGUGUGGGGUUACUUGCAUGUGCUCAUCCUUUCCCCUCACCUGUGAGGGGUUGGUGAUAUGAGCCUAGCAGGGGCAGAUGGAAGAGUCAGCACCAUGCAGAGCUGUAGACUAUAGUUAAUUGAUAUAUCAGAAAUCAGGAGCUGUCUCAGGAAGUGUGAUAAUACUUUGCUCUGUGAUGGAUGAGAGAAGCUUGUGUUGAGUAGCAGUGAUGUUAAAGGGGGACGUGUGUUUUCUUGUGAUCAAGUAAAAUUGCCUGCAAUAGUAAGUUUAUAAGUUGUUUCUACAAUGUGGAGCAGUGGGGUUUUUGUUGGGUUGUGCUGUGACUGCAUAUUGAAUUUGGACACUUAAUUGUACCCUGGAAAUAGUGAAGGAUUUGAAGAAUCAAGACCAAUGGAUACUGGAUUAUGUAAAGCUUAGAGGUCCCCUCCUGCACUGGACAGAACUUCACCUGAGGGAAGGUGUGGUCAGAGCACCAUUUCCAGAUCCAUGCUGUGCUGGUGCAGUAUCUGUGCACUGGUUAUGCAGACUGCUCCAAGAGCACCUUCUGGAGCUGUGGGCCCUUUAUCUCCUUGUGCUGAGUCUCAUAACCUGCUUAUCUGCAUCCUGUCCUCCUGACUGGAUGAAUCUGCUGCAAGCUUUGCCCUGACCCAGUUUGUACAGCAGUUGGAUGCCAGAAGGAUAAAUUUGAACAGAGUUCCUGGAGGAAGAUAUAGUUAUGCUCACUAUCUUUGGGAUUGCAGAAUGCCAUUGUUUUAAAUUACAGAGCAGGCACUGACACCUGAUGGCACCAGGUUUUCCUUAAAUAACAGCCUCCUACAACAAAAGGUUUCUUCCAGGUGUGGCUUUGUUCUGUCAUCCUGACCUCUGCAGCAUUAGGCUGAUUAUCUGCUAGCAGGGGUGUGCCCAGAUGCUACUGGUAUGUAAAUUUAACCGAAUGUAUGUUUCAAUGUGUACAAGCAGAUCUAGUGUGUAUAAAUCACAAGUAUCCGUGAAUAUUCAGGAACAAAUUUGCUGGUGUUGUGUUUGGGUCUUGGCAGCUGCUUGUGCUUGGGAGGUUUAAAUAAGGAUUUGAGGUUUUUUCUUCGAAAUUAUUUUCUUGAAAGCCUUGCAUUUUGUGUGAUAAUAAACACUCCAACAUGCUCAUUGUCAAUAAAAAGCUUUCUGCCAUCUAGAAUGCUUUUCUUGUGCUAAUCAAAAACAUAAAUUACUUUGUGGUUUUAGUUUAAUGACAAGCUAAAAAUACUAAUGAAGUGGUAAAUGACACAUCAUAGUAACUAGAUGAUUUAACCUGUGAGUAGCUGAGCUACUUUGAAUAAGAAUUGAAAUUUGACAGAAAUGCAGAGAUGGGAUUGCUAAUACUUGAAAUAAAACUCUUAAUGCUGGAAACAUUAAAA